AAGCUUUUCGGUUGUUGCAUUCAUGAAGAGGAAAAGAUGCUGAUAUAUAUAUGAAUAUUUACCAAACAAAAGCUUGGAUUUUUUCAUCUUUGGUAUGGCUCUCUUCAUCCAUAUUUGUGUCUGUGUUCAAAGGGAAGAGUCCCCUGAUUAUGCAGCUUCACUUUGAUCAAAUCAAACAAAUGAUUUCUGGGCAAACCUUUAAUGUUUAAGUGCAGACGAGACAAAAAGGGUGCUAUUGGAUUGGAGUAAGCGUUUUGAAAUUGUUUCCGGGAUUGCUCGAGGGGUUUUAUACCUUCAUCAAGAUUCAAGACUAAAAAUUAUCCACAGGGAUCUCAAAGCCAGCAAUAUUCUACUAGAUGCUGCAAUGAACCCAAAAAUUUCAGAUUUCGGUAUGGCAAGAAAGUUUAUGGAAGACCAAGUCCAAGGAAAAACCACUCGUGUGGUCGGAACAUAUGGCUACAUGUCACCUGAGUACGCAAUUCACGGACAGUAUUCGAUAAAGUCAGAUGUCUUCAGCUAUGGUGUCUUAACACUGGAGAUCAUAAGUGGCAGGAAAAAUAGCGACUACGGUGAGAAAGAACCCUGGCUGAAUCUUAUCGGACAUGUAUGGGACUUAUGGAGAGAAGAAAAGGCAUUAGACAUAGUUGAUCCAAUGCUGGAACAGGCAUGCCCUCCUCAUGAAGUUUUGAGAUGCGUUCAGAUUGGGUUACUGUGUGUGCAAGAAUUUCCAGAUGAUCGACCUGCAAUGUUAGAAGUUGUGUUCAUGUUAGGUAAUGAGAUAACUCUUCCUUCCCCUAAGAAGCCAGCAUUUGUUUUACGAACACGCAGUGGACAAGACUUGCCAGCAAUGUCUAGACGAGCAGCUUGUUCUGUAAAUGAAGUUACAGUUACUAUGGUGGAAGCUCGCUGAAAUCCCAGUCUCUUGUAAUAAAUUUUCUCUAACAGGCAUUACAUGGAAGAAAAAAAAUGUUGUCCUGACAAUCUAGUUUUCAGAGAGCAUUUUUUCAGGUUACCUCACCUGCUAAAAUGAUUUUCUACUUAGGAUAGAAAACUAAACAAUUCCAUUUAUUAAAUUUAUUAGAGCAACUAGUACUCCCACAAUAAAAUAAACUCCAUUGAAAUGCUCAAGGGGCUGUCCACUCAUUAUUGCAAACUAGUUUCAUGAGCAUUUCUUUACAACUCUUCAUACAAAAGCAGUGAAGAGUGGCAACCAAGCACCACCGUCACUGUCGGCGCUUGGCUUCAUGCGCCGUCAUCGAUUGAAGAG